CUGAGAGUUAAUUUAAUGUUCACUUUGUUAAUUUGAUUUGGUAGUUUUAAUUUAGUUUCUAUUGUGAUUAAGUAAAUUUUGAUUUGGUGUCUGUUUGGUUGGACGUUUGUUUAAAGAAAAAGGGUUAACCAUGUCGUCUAAUCUUGGUAAAUUGUGUCUUCUUUUUAUUGUUUGUCUAUCAUUUUCUUUUUCCUCUUCAGAUGAAUCUUCAAAUUCGGGUUCUGGUGAACAAUAUCAAUUCCAGGCUGAUAUGAAUCGAAUGAUGAAAUUAAUUAUCAAUUCUCUUUACAGUAAUAAAGAAAUUUUUCUUAGAGAAUUAAUUUCUAAUGCUGCUGAUGCAUUGGAUAAAAUUAGAGUUCUUGCUUUAACUGAUAGAGAUGCUCUAGAAUCAAAUACUGAGCUGUCAAUUAAGAUUAAGGUUGAUAAAGAUAAUAAUUUACUUCAUAUAACUGAUACUGGUAUUGGUAUGACUAAAAGUGAAUUGAUUAAUAAUCUUGGUAUUAUUGCUAAAUCGGGUACUUCAGAAUUUUUGGAAAAAGUCAGCUCAUCUAGUGAUAUCUCUGUAACCGAGUUAAAUGAUUUAAUUGGACAAUUUGGUGUUGGAUUUUAUUCCGCUUUCCUUGUAGCUGAUCGGGUUGUUGUCACCUCAAAGUCAAAUGAUGAUACUGAUCAAUACAGUUGGGAAUCUGAUUCUGCUUCAUUUACUGUCACCAAAGAUCCUAAAGGGGCUACAUUAAAACGUGGAACCCAAGUUACCCUUCACAUCAAGGAAGAAACUAAAGAUUUCCUUCAAGAGGAAACUUUAAAAUCUCUCAUAAUCAAGUACAGUCAAUUCAUCAAUUAUCCAAUCUAUUUAUGGUCAAGUAAAACGGAACAAGUUGAAGAACCAAUUGAUGAUGAAUUAACACCCGAUGAUGCUGUUAAAGAAGGUGAAGAUGAUAAAGAAAAGGAGAUUAAAGAUGAGGAUGAUGUUAAAAUUGAAGAAGACAAAGAAGACAAACCAAAGACAAAGAAAGUUGAAAAGACAAUUUGGGAAUGGCAAUUAGUUAACACUGCUAAACCAAUUUGGACUCGAAAACCCGCAGAAAUUACUGAUGAAGAGUACAAUGAAUUCUAUAAAUCAAUUACUAAGGAUACUCAAGAACCUCUUGCCAAAAUUCAUUUCAUUGCAGAGGGAGAAGUUACUUUUAAAUCUCUUCUUUAUAUUCCACGUGUCCAACCAUCAGAAUCAUUUAAUCGUUAUGGAACCAAAACCGAUAAUAUUAAACUUUAUGUUCGACGUGUUUUCAUUACCGACAAUUUCCAGGACAUGAUGCCAAGUUAUCUAGCAUUUUUACGAGGUUUAGUCGAUUCGGAUGAUCUUCCGCUUAAUGUAUCCCGAGAAACUUUACAACAACAUAAGCUUCUCAAGAUAAUCAAGAAAAAGCUUAUCCGAAAAGCAUUGGAUAUGAUUAAGAAAAUAACCGGUACCGAUUAUGAUAAAUUCUGGGGUGAAUAUGGUACCAACCUUAAACUUGGAAUUAUUGAAGAUACUUCAAAUCGAGCUCGAUUAGCUAAAUUGUUACGAUUCCAAACCUCUGGACUGGAAAAGGGUAAAUUAACCUCUCUUGAAGAAUAUGUUUCACGAAUGAAACCAAAUCAAGAGCAUAUUUAUUACAUGGCGAGUUCUAAUUAUGAUGAGGUCGCUUUCUCACCUUUUGUUGAGCGACUUCUCAAAAAGGGUUAUGAGGUUUUAUACUUAACCGAUCCCGUUGAUGAGUAUUGUAUCUCAGCUUUACCUGAAUUUGAAGGUAAAAAAUUCCAAAAUGUAGCCAAGGAUGGACUUAAAUUGAACGAAUCUAAAGAGAAACUUGAAGCUCUUCAAAAACAAUUUGAACCACUUACCAAAUGGCUUGAGGGCACAGCUUUAAAGGAUAAAAUCUCGAAAGCAUCAGUAUCUCAAAGGUUACACGAUUCACCUUUCGCAAUUGUUGCCAGUCAAUUUGGAUGGACAGGUAACAUGGAAAGAUUAGCCAAAAGUAACGCUCAUUCCAAGAGUAAUGAUGUAACUCGUGAAUAUUAUUUAUCUCAAAAGAAAUCACUUGAAAUUAAUCCUCGACAUCCAUUCAUCAAAGAAAUGCUCAGACGAAUUGAAAGUGACCCUGAAGACCCAAUGGCCAAAGAUAUGACAUCGAUCAUGUUUGAAAUGGCAAACCUUGAAUCGGGUUACAUGUUAUCCGAUCCAAUCUCAUUUAAAUCUAAAUUAAGAAAUUUACUCGGUGAAAAAUUGGGUGUCGAUGAAUCAGCCAUAGUUGAAGAAGAUGAUUUUGAAGAUGAUAACUCAGAUUUACCAGUUAAAUCAUCGGAACCAAUUGAUGAAGAUCAACUUGAUGACCAUUCGGAUGAACAUUCAGAGCUUUAAACAAAAAUUGAAUUUGAAUACUUUUAGUUUCUCAUUUUGAUCUUUUGCAAUCCCCUUUUUCUAUUCAUUCUUUCCAACAACAAUUAACUUGUUAUAAUAAUAAUUUAUUGUCAUUAAUUUACAACAAUCAACAAACAACAAAACAAAAAGGUAACACCCAUACCCACCUAAUUAUAGAUAAUUCCAACAACAAUUCCCUAAUUGUAAACUCUUCAAGCAAAAAUACUUGUGUCACAAAAGUGUUUCACUUAUCCUACAAAUGAAUUGAAUACACAUGACAAUUAAUCACCGGUUCUCAAAAUAAAUUACAUGCAAUUUUUACCUAA